CUCCGCACAGUCUCUCUCUCUCUCCUCCUCGCUUCUCUCUCUUUCUGCACUCUUGAGACGCGAGAAUGAGCAAGAAUAGUAAGACGGCAGCUGUUUCCUACUUCCGUUCUCGUUGAUUUCUCUCCCUCAUUUAUGACUCUGAGCUCUGUCUUCUGCUUCUCCUGCUGACCCCUUUCUUUCUCUAGAAACAUUUGCACGGUUAGAGGAGAGGAGGAGGAGAGGGAAGUUCAAGAAGCUAGGGUUUCCGAGUAAUCGUCCGGGGAUUUAACUGCGCGGUUUCCUUAUCUGGACCCGUCCACCAAUCCGCUCCGAGCCUAGGGUCUCCCAUUCUUGCGAAAGAAGGAAGCUUUCGAGCCUCUCGCUUUCUCUGCACCGUGUGUUGGCGUUUUCUGCGUUAAAGAAGAGAAGAGGAGAGAUAAAAGAGUGGAAAAGAGAUAAAGCUAGGCAUCGACUUCGGGGCUCCUCCUCCCGAUCCGAGCCCUAAAAUUCGGAUCUUGGGUGGUUCGGGUAGGUUUUUCGCGUUUACAGUGUCGAGAGAGGGAGGGACAGCUCCUGCAUGGACGGGAGAGAUGCCAUGGCCAUCUCCGGCCCAUCCUCGUAUUACAUGGCGCAUAGAGGAAUUCCUGGUCCCGGUGCUGGUUCGCAGCCUGGGCUGCAUGGAGCGACGCAGCCCGGGGUUCGGUCGAUGCUAAACCCCGGCUCGAGUCUGGCCGUGCCGUCCUCCGGGGUUAGUUCAGCAGCGUUUCAGGUGGAGUCUCCGCCAGCGGUCUCAUCCCACGGCGGCGGCGGCGGAGGCGGAGGUGGUGGCCAGGGCGAAGGAGGCAGCCAGGUGGAGCCGGUAAAGAGGAAGAGGGGAAGGCCGAGAAAGUAUGGGCCAGACGGGAGUGUAGCUCUGGCUCUCUCGCCUAUUUCGUCGUCCGCUCUUCCAGACACAGUGAUUGGGUCAGGGUCUGGCGCUCCUGCGCAGAAGCGGGGAAGAGGGCGGCCGCCCGGCACUGGAAGGAAGCAGCAGUUAGCAUCAUUGGGUGAAUGGGUUGCCGGUUCAGCUGGAAUGGGUUUUACACCACAUGUCAUAACAAUUGCAGAAGGAGAGGACAUUGCUGCAAAAAUUAUGUCAUUUUCACAGCAGGGACCAAGGGCUGUCUGUAUCCUCUCAGCAAAUGGUGCUGUGUCUGCUGUGACCCUUCGGCAAUCUGCAACUUCUGGCGGCACAGUCACUUAUGAGAAUUUUGAACUUGACCAGGGCCGUUUCGAAAUACUCUGCUUGUCUGGCUCGUACAUGCUGACUGACAAUGGUGGAUCCCGUAGCAGAACUGGUGGACUGAGCAUUUCACUUUCGAGUCCUGAUGGCCGGGUAAUUGGCGGUGGUGUGGCAGGGCUGCUCAUAGCUGCAACCCCUGUACAGGUAAUUGUAGGAAGCUUUAUUUAUGCUGGAUCAAAAGCAAAGAACAAAGCAAAACUCAGCAAUGAAACAGGUGCUGAAUCCGAACUUCAUCAGGUUGGGGAUAAGCAAAGUACUCCAUACAGUGCGCUUACCAGUCAAAAUCUUACCCCUUCUCUGGUCAUGGCGGGAUGGCCCGGUUCGAGGCAGUUGGAUAUAAGGAAUGCCCACAUUGAUAUCGACUUGACACGAGGAUAGCUUGUAAUUGUUUACUCAAGUCAAAAUGGUGUUUAUAUGGGUCAUCAAGUAGUGACUUGAACAACCACAGGUAGCAACAUUCCAUGAGACCUGCAGAACUCACAUUAUUUGCCUGUUUAAUCUAUCUUAUGCUAACAUGCUACGACCUCCAGAUAUCACCCCUCUGAUGCUUGCCAGAAGUGUUUGUGUUUUUGACUUAAAACUUCUGUAUUCAAAGAAUCUGGGCUGUGUAUCUGCUUAAACUGGCAAUGACAUGUUAUGCUUUGUCAUGCUGCUACUUGUGAUGGAUUGGGUCUGUGCUGUCAAUGUGUUGUCGAAAGAGACUUUCCAGCUUAAGUAGCUAUUUCUGAUGAUGAUGAUGAUGA